AUGGGCUCGGCGGCGUUCUCUUCGGUACGCCGCAAGGGCAAGAGGAAGAAAGGGCGGCUGGAGCUGGAGCCGCCGGACGUCCCGAUUCCCGAACAUGGUGGUGGAACCCAAAGGAAGCGCUACACCUUGCAGUUCAAGGUGAAUGCCGUGAGGUAUUCGCAGAGAAAGCUCAAGGGGGCGCAAGGACCGGGCGGGACUGUUGGCGUAACAUACGCCAGCAGGAUCCUCAAGAUUUCCGACAAGGCCACGUUGGCGGUGUGGGUCAAAGACGUCGACAAGUACGAAGCUGCGCUUGCGGAGGAGACCAAGUACUCGCGAGUGAACGGCAGGAAGAAAGCCAAGCACCGCAUGUCGCUGAACGUCGGACGGACUAGGACGCACACGGACGCCGAACGCGAGGUCGUGGACUGGAUCAAUGAUCUGCGUUCUGACGGCAUCUCCGCCCGUGUCUCGACGAGGAUGAUCAAGAACAAGGCCACGGAACUCAACCCGAACUUCUUCGGGGAGAGGCCGCCGCCGUCCGACAUCGAGGGCAACCUGCGGUACACCCGCAAGAAGACCGCGUGGUGCAGAAGGUUUCUCAGGGUCUACCGCUUUUCUGUGCGAGCCGUCACCCGUCAAGGCCAGAAACUUCCUACCGGCUGGCCCGUGAUCGCCAUGCAGGCGAUCAAGGAGUGGAGGAGGCUGAAGUACGACGUCCCUUCCGCGCUCGAGCUUGCGGACGGAGUCGAAUGCCUGGGGGCAGUGGCGGGAGGCAGCGGGGCUAGCUGCCGCCCCUCGUCAUCUUCAAGGGCCAGCCCACGCCGAAGGGGAAGGCCCCUGCCACCAACAGCAUCGAGCGCGAGUUCAAGGACUACAAGGACAAGAAGGGCUACGCAUACCCUCGAGGUGUCGUCUACGCCGUGGACCCGAAGGCAUGGCACUCCCAGCGGGUGUUCAACGAGGUCUGGCUGCCUCAGGUGUGGAACCAGCGCCCGGGGCGGCAGGGUCGCCUGGGCGGCUACCGUCAGCCUGACACUGCUGGCGUGGGACGACUACACCGUCCACAAGACGGACGCGUCUACCAAGGCGAUGGCGGAGUCCAACACGACGCUGUUUCUCAUCCCGGGAGGCCUGACUCCCAAGCUCCAGCCGUGCGAUGGCCUCGUCAACAAGAUAUUCAAGGCAAACAUGUCCAGGCUCUACGACGACCACAUGGCUUCCCCUCACGUCAAACGCGGCGACCACGGCUACCCGGAGGCCCCUUCGCGGGGGUUAGUCGCACAGUGGGUCAAGAAGUCGUGGGACGCCUUGACCGCGGAUGAAGUCCGCGCGAGCUGGAGGAAGGCUGGCCUGCUGCUUCCCUUCGACGGGUCGGAAGACGAGGCCUGGGCCAACAAGGAGCUCAACUCCAACGCCCAGGGGGAGCCCCUCGACGCGCCAUCGGCCGGUGCGGACAAGGCUGACUCGUCGUCGGGAGGCGGCAACUUGCUGGAGGUGUUGGAGAUCGACGAUGACGACGACACGGGCGUGGUGGUGGUGGACAUCAGCGACGACGAGGGCGAGGAGCCGUGAGGCAUCGGCGGCGAUGCUGGUGUUGAGAAAUGGCUUGUGGUGUCCUUCUCAUGUUCCCUCGCAUUUCUCCUGGCGUGCGUUUCUCUUCCUUCGUCGUGUGUUUUCUUCGACGCGUCGAGUGCAACGUAGUGUUGUUUGCGGUAGUGGUUAGUGGUCUUGAUUUUUUUUGGUCGUGGUGACGUAGCAAGGUAGGUAGCAGCGGCCUACUAGGUACUUGUUUGUGAGGGGGUAGGACGGAAUGGCCACUCUGUGGCGACCGCCUGGCAAUAUAUCGGGCGAGGUACCUUUGAUUUUUGUGUUUUUAGUUUUUGAUCCUGCAAUCAUGAUAGAAACACGGAUGCUGCUUGGUAGAUGGACCCGUUAUCAUUUUUGGUUCUUGUCCCCGCCGUUCCUGGGUCAUAACGUAUACCUAGCUCCCAGGCGACACCUUACUUGCCGCAGCGCCGCGGGGCGCGGGCGCCCUCGAUCCUAACAUUUUUUUUUCGUUUUUUUCUGCUCCAUUCAAGUCCGUUUUUGUUUGAAACUUUCUUUGGCGUUGAGCGGGUAACACAUCGUCGAGGUCAUGUGCUCAAGCGUUUCGUCACCUCCGUUGAGCCCCGUCUGUUUACCACAUCUCGCAGUAUUACAUUACGGUAGGU